AGUCUGGAUGAACAAUAUCUGAAAGAAUUUGCAUCUCUAUCAGAAGCCCAGUCUAGGACAGAGAAAGAAAGUGUUAUGGGUGAAAACUCUUCCAUAUUGGCCAGUCCUCCUCCUGAUGUCCAGAGUGUACAAGCCUAUGAUGAUCUUUGUGCAACUGGUUUGGGAUUGUCUACAAAGUCAAAAUAUUUUGAUAAGAAGGAAAUUAAUCAUGAGAAUUAUUCUGUACCUGAUGUGACUGAAGAUCUUAAUGAAGUGGGACCUCUUGUUCCGGAGGAGUUAGAUGUAACAUCAGAAAGAGAAGAGCUGUUUGAGGAGCCAUAUGAAACUCCAAAGAGCUCAAAUACCUCUGUGAAGAUCAAACCUAUAGAACAUCAAAGAGGAAAGCAGGUCUCAAUUUCAGAUGUAGGUAGUCCCCAGGAAGAUCAAAAGGCGGAAAAAACAAAGGAAGGAAAGGCUGAACAGAAUGCCAUGACUGAGGUUGUUACUAGCACCAUUUCUCGCCCAUUCUCUUUAGAACAAGAUACAGAAGUUCCCAGUAGUACAGAGAUUUCUCUAAGUGAUGGCCAGCCUUUUCAGACUGUUGUGUCAACUAUGUCAAGUGUUGCCUCCAGUACUUCCAUUUGUACAAAGCAGCAAAAAGUCAAGGAAGAAGUCCCUACAGAAGAGAAACUAAACACAUCAGAAACUGUCAGGCAGAUGCUCCAAGAUGAAAUGUUUAAGUUAGUUCAGCUACAGCAAAUCAACUUCAUGAGUUUAAUGCAAAUAGUGCAGUCAUCCUUUGCCAACCUGCCAAAUGUGCAACGAAUUUUACAACAGCAUCAAUCUGUUCACCUGGAAGGUAGCCAGCCUGCACACACUGCUGAAGGCAAUGGCUUUCUGAAAACACAACUGCCCACUCAAGAAGAUAAAGGAAAACCUGGUCAAAAGAGCUCUGAUUUUCAACCAAGGAAUAGUUUAAGAGAUAAAAGCAGCAAUGGCCAUAUAAAAAAUCAUCUUGAUGUGAACGUUUCUUUAAGCCUGUUAGAAAGCCACAGCAAAGAAACAGGAUUUAUGCCACCAUCUGAAGAUUUGCAUUCUUCAGCACCUACUAAACCAUUUCAUCUCCUAGCUCCUUCCUCAGAUGCCCGGAAAACACCAAAGCUUAUGCCUAUUGAAAAAAAACUGAAUUCCUCAGAUGGAUUUCCUUUGCUUAAGCUUGAAUCAGGUUAUCAUUUCAAACCAGCAUUUUUACAUCCAAUAGAAAUGUCAUCAGCUUUUGAUAGACCACCCCCAGUACCACGAGUAGCUUGGAGUUCAUCAGAUUCCUUAUGGAACUAUCAGUCAUCAUACACACCAAGAAAGAGUAUGUCAAAAGAUGUGAAUAUGAGUAGAAAUGACCCUGAGAUCCCCAGGCAAAUGCAUGAAGAGGAAAGGUGGGCAGAAACGGUGCAUAAGGCACCUCACAGUCACCUGAAUCUAGAUCAAUAUGAAGGUCAGCAAGAAGUUUCACCUCGGCAGCAGUUCUCUGCAAAUGUGAACAUGGACAAAGCGCUGAUCACUUGGAACCCUGCUGGUAUUCCACUGUUGCACUUGCAACUUGAGCCAGUACCUAGAUUUCCACCAGUUGUAAGGCAGCCAAUCAGUACUACGUUAAUACCUGUUAAACCUGCAACAAAGGAGACUGACUGCAGAGGAACACUCCAGCACACAGGAAUAUCACUACUCCAUGCUAAUUUACCUCAAAAAAAGAAGGCACCAAAACUCAUUCCACUUCAAGAUCUCAUUGAAUUUGAACAACGCCACCAGCAUCAUACUGUGCCCAGUACUUGCCUUGGACAAGCUCAAACUGAACCUACCCAGUUACUAAAAAUUGAUGUUGAACCAUUUGAACUAAGAGAUGUGCAGAAUAAUAGAAAAAGUCAAAAGAGGCGUGAUAAGGAACAAAUGAAAGAAAAGGAGGAAAAGAAGAAACCAAGUGUGUCCUUCUGCCCUGAUGACUCCAUCAUCAGUAUUAGUGAUACAGUGAAGGUUGUUGAAUCUGGGACUAAGACACUUGUUGUGUAUUAUCACAUUUUAGACACAAGGGGGGAAGCAGUUACUACUUCAGCAGAUCUACGUUACAUUGCCUCUACAGGAAAAAAACCAGCACAAACUCAAGAUGCAAGUACGAAUACUCACCCAGAAUCAUCUAGUGCCACUGAGAUACUACCCCCAGACAUGUAUUUAAACCUGAGAUUCCCCACUGAAGUGAAUGAGACACCUUUGCCAUCCUUUCUGUCAGAUGCACCUGAUUUGGGUGAACAUGAAUAUAUCAGUGUGGUUGACAUUGAAGACAGUGACAUACUUAACACUUUGCCCAUGAUACCUGAGUCUGCAGAAGAGAUAGCUACUGCACAGCAAAAUGAGAAGUUUGAAAUUCCAUCUACUGCAAAACUUCAUCACAUGGCAGCUACUGUUACUAAUGCAAUUCCACCCAAGGCGCUUCAGAAGAAAGAUGAUCUGAAAGAUGUAUCAGGCCAAGUGCAAGAAGAGGAAGAUAAGAAGUCAGAUUCUGCUGGAGAUAGUGUGACUUGGAACAUACUGCAUGAAGGUGACAGAACUUUUCCUUCUUCAGGGCUUCCAUCCAAAGUAAUUGGCAAAGAAUACUUUUCCAUAAAGCAGCAGGAAAUGGAUAUGCAAUUACAGACACUACAGAACAUAACAGAAAAUAUGGAGAAGGAUUUCAGAAAUACCAGACUGCUAGUGAAAAUAAUAGAAGAUUUUGAAAUGGCUGCCAAUUCAGACCUUGGUGUUCGUCCGUCAUUCUCUGAAGAUGCUGGAAUCAUUGAUGAUGGCUUUCACGGAGACUUAUGUGAUAGCUCUUUAGAAAAUCCUCUGCAAAUUACUGGUCUCAGUGGUGUUACAGACAUCAUUAGUGAUCUUGUAGUAGAAGAUGACGUCUCUCCGUUGGAGCUGGGCUUUACAAAACUCCAAGUGAAGAAAAUCUCUAGGGCUCAGGAUUAUGCUGCUGGACAUUCUCGAAAAACAGAAAAGGAGAAGAAAGACAUACAAGCAUGGAUGAAAAGAAAGCAAAAGGAAAGAAUGAAAGAAUAUGUGAAGAAACUGGAUGAACAAAGACAGAAAGAGCGUAACCCAUUCAAUCUGAGAAAGAAUGUGCAUUGUAGUCUUACUUCAAAGGAUACUAAAUUAUUCCAGAAAAAGAAAGAAGAAAAAGACAAAGGGCAUCCGAACGUUCCUGUUCUGUCAGAAAGGAGCAGAAUGGCUGCAAAACCCAGCUUUGGUCAAAAAGUACACCGUUUCAGCCCAGCUCUUGGUUUAACACAACCCAAGGGUCUAGAUCCACAAAAGUUUUGUCACGUAAAUGUUUCCUCCAAAUCAAAUUCUUUAACAGAUGCAGGACUUGAUUACAAGAGCAGAAUUUCUGAUCAGACAGAAAAAGCUGCUGAGUACAGUGUCAGCAGAACAUCAAACCAAAAGCCUCCACGUGUUGCCACUGCAGUUCAGACAGAAGGUGUUUAUCAAGAGACUGAUCGCGACAUAGUAAGUCCUUGGACUGUCCCUGACGAGAUCCAAAGAAUACUUGAAGAUACUCGUGACCCCUUGUUUCAGGUUUCAGGAGGAGAAGAUGAAAUUCAACAGCUGCAAAAGGCUUUGCUAGAUUAUCUGGAUGAGAACACAGAAACUGAUGCAUCAUUAGUGUUUUCUCGGAAGUUUUAUAUAGCUCAGUGGUUCCGUGAUACAACUAUGGAGACAGAGAAAGCAAUUAAAUCUCAGAAGGAUGAGGAUUCAUCUGAAGGAACUCAUCAUGCGAAAGAUGUUGAGACCACCGGACAAAUCAUGCAUAGAGCAGAAAGUCGCAAAAAGUUUCUUCGCAGUAUCAUUAAAACUGCUCCAUCUCAGUUCAGUACAUUAAAGAUGAACUCUGAUACCGUGGACUACGAAGAUGCAUGUUUGAUUGUUCGCUACUUGGCCUCUAUGAGGCCGUUUGCCCAGAGCUUCGAUAUUUAUUUGACACAGAUUCUGCGUGUACUUGGUGAAAAUGCAAUUGCUGUUCGAACAAAAGCCAUGAAGUGUUUGUCUGAGGUUGUGGCUGUAGAUCCCAGUAUUCUAGCCAGGCUGGAUAUGCAACGAGGUGUUCAUGGACGCUUAAUGGAUAACUCCACUAGUGUACGAGAAGCAGCUGUGGAGCUGCUUGGCCGAUUUGUGCUCUGUCGUCCUCAGCUUGCUGAGCAGUAUUAUGACAUGCUGAUUGAAAGAAUAUUGGAUACUGGUAUCAGCGUCAGAAAAAGAGUCAUAAAGAUACUUAGAGAUAUCUGUAUUGAACAACCAACGUUUCCCAAAAUUACAGAGAUGUGUGUGAAAAUGAUUCGGAGAGUCAAUGAUGAAGAAGGCAUUAAGAAAUUAGUAAAUGAGACAUUCCAGAAGCUCUGGUUUACUCCAACUCCACACCAUGACAAAGAAGCAAUGACAAGGAAAAUACUAAACAUCACUGAUGUG